UCAGUGAAGUUUGCAUCUUCAUUAAUCUAAAUCAUAUCUGGACUUCUUUGAAGAAGAUGGAAUAAAUAGUCCGGUGCCGAGUCAAAGAACAGAACUAUAACCAGACUCAAUUGUUUAUUGUAAUAACAGGUUCUUAUAAUAACCUUUCGACAUUUUACGUUCGUAUGUGAAAGAUUUCUGGAAGCGCCUUACGGACUGACUUUAUGUAUCAGGGAAGAAGUGCGAAGUGUUGAAUUUCUCGCGCGCUCUGCACGUGACAAUGGGGUGUGUGGGCUCAUCAGCGGACGGAGAAGCCAAACGGAAAACAGAGGACGUCGACUACAAAAAUAUAGCCGACGAUAAUCCCGAUUACCCACCGCCCUACAUUCCGGACUCCUGUCGGGACGAGGUUAUAGACAAAGAUGUCAACAGCCGAAUACAGACACGGAUCGACACUAUGCCGAAGCAGAUGGAUCAGACAUACGAGUCCCUCCUCAAGUACCUGUCAGAGGGCGCGACCAAGGAGGCCCACCAUGUCACAGCGAUUUUCCUGUGGAUGCGUUGUCAAGACUACCAUGACGACGCCCUGGACCUAGAAAAGGAUGGGGACACGCCCCGAGGGUACAUGAAGCUCAUCAAGGCUGGAGAAGGGGACUUCACGACAUUCUUCACCAUUCUCUGCAGGCGGUCGGGUAUUCCGUGCAAGAUCCUCCAUGGUCUAGGGAAGGGAAAGGACUACUAUAUCGGGAAGCCGGAGCGGCAGAUGACCACGUGUUGGUGUGCGGUGUUCGCGGAUGAGGAGUGGCGGCUUGUGCACGUGCAAUGGGCGAUGGCGGGCGCUACGGACGACAACCAGAACGUGCAGAACGGCCAGGCGAAUGCUGACUUCUUUUUCUUUACGGACCCGGACGAGUUCGCGACCAUCUGCCAUCCAGAGAACUUCCGCUGGCAGCUCCUAAACCAGGCGUACUCUAAGGAAGAGUUUAUCAAGCUUCCCUACUUUACUCCCGCUUUCUUUCAAAUGGACGCGUCCAUCUUGGGGCUCAAGGCCGGCUCAGUUACCACUCACAACGGAAAAAUGGAUUUCGAGAUCGCGUUUCCUCGAAAACAGAUGGAUAAUAUCCAAAUUAAAUGCUUGUUGACUUAUCAGCAGCCGUUAAAAGACAUGGAUAAAAAAUCUGAAGCGCCGAAAACGCUUGAAAAGUUUGUGUUUGUCAAUCGGAAGCCGUCGAUGUUUAUAUGUGAAUUAGUUUUUCCUGUACCCGGAAGAUACUUAUUUGACAUUUAUAAUGUCGAUGCAAAUAAAAACGGUGCUAAAAUAAAAGACAUGUUAUGCCAGUUCAGAAUUCAGUCCGACCGGAAAUUCACUGAGGAAACACUUCCAGAACCUUUACCGGAAGUGCCACCAAUCGGCUGGGGCCCGGGCCCCACGUGCCGGAAACUAGGUUUGGUCCCCCUCACACAUUUUGAGGGUUGCAUCUACAUGAAGCCGGGGGAGACACGUGACAUCCACUUCCGCCUAACACGUGAUCUUGACGUUGUUCCGGAACUCACCCACAGUUAUUUGCCUAUAUACCAACUUGUGGAACAGGUCGAGAGCGAGAUUACGGAAGACGAACUGCGCCUGAGCGUCCAGAUACCGGAAGACGGCCACUACGCGCUUAAGGUGUUCGCUCGAGAGGCCGGAACUAAAGAUUACCACCUGGCUUGUGUCUAUCUGCUUCGCCAGAGAGAGAAACCAAGGUUACCAGAGAACUAUGAACGGGGACACAGAAGGAAACACCGGGACAAGAUGCUACGUGCUCGGCUGGAGCGGCACCUGGAGACGCACACAAGCCGGAAAGAACUACAGGCGGCCCUGGACGCCCUCGACCUUUAUAACGUUCCGGACAAGGGCGAGCGGAAACGUGCGGAUGUCAAGAUUAAGCAGUACUGGGAGGUCAAAACAGAGUUAAACUCGGCCAUCAAGGGUCGUAAUGGGAACGUAUUGCGGAAGUGGUUAGAGCGUGCUCGUGCAUCCCCGUACACGGCGGACCUGCAGGACGAUAUCAAGCGGGCGGAGGCGGUGGACGGGUCCCUUGGACGACGGAAAGGUUACAUGCACCCCAUAGCGCGGAUGGAUCCCCACACGAUGACGGAGAUCCACAACUACCGGCGUCCGCCGCGGGUGGCCCAUGACGUCAUGAUGGCCACGUACCUGCUUCUAGGGGAACGCAAGGAUGACUUAGAGGAGUGGGAACAGAUCCAAUACUUGAUGAACCAGCCUGGCGCUGACAGCCUCAAGCGCCGCAUCCUCGCCCGCCGACCCGAAGACGUCUAUGUUCACGUGGCUGAGCAGGCUGAUGACGUCAUCAAGCCGUACAGCAUGGAGAAGACACGCGAGGUCUCCAAUGGUGUCAGUGCUUUCUAUAAAUGGAACAAGCAGUUCAUUCGUGACGUUCAACAACGUGAUAUGAACGAGCGGGAACGAAAUCAGCUGUCUCGGGAUCUGUCCGGACGCGAGACGUACCGAGAGACGAACACCGCCGCCACAUCCGAUGCAACGACCACCAGGCCGUCAAACGUUUUCGUCGGCCGCGGGCCACCACUCCAAGAGGAGGACUCGGGCACCCCGCGCGAAGAUUCUUCGGAAAAGAUGCAUAACGAAAAUUCCGACCGUCGGGACUCAUCCGCGCAGCAGAAAACCAGAAGUAAUGGCCAACGGAAGUCCGAAGAGCAGGGUAAUCCUGUCCAUCCAUUUGCCCCGGAGGAAAAACAAAACGGCCACGGGGCGAUGUUGCUAAGGAAGUUCUUUGCGAGUCCGUCUAAGCCCACCGAAAGGGAGGCUGUGACGCCAGUGGCAUAUGCAGGAUGGAAGCCACAGAAUUAAGUUUGAUCAUCACACUUUGAGGUUUAUCAAAGAAAACCCCGCGGUCAAUAAUGAAAUGGACCUGAAGACAGUCAUAAUAAGAUCGGAUUGCGAAUGAUAAGUAGUGGCUGGGGAUGGUAAAAUCUCUGAACUGGUGGACAUACCAUAGAUGUAGAUAACAUCAACUACUUAAUACUACAUUUAAUUUACUAGUUCCAGUCGGUAUAUAUUAGGAAUAAAACAUGGAUGUGCAGUAGAAGUUAAGGAAAUGAAAUAUGAUUUUGCUGCUAGAACUGUGAUAAACAAUGGUAUGUAAAGAACAUAUAAACUGUGGCAUUUUCAAUUAUUAUUUAUGUAUUAAACACUGCUAUUUCUUUAGUAAAAAUAUAAAAUAUAUUGUUUAUGUAGUAAGGAUAUGGCAUUAAUAAAAUGGUAAGAGACAAAUACAGACCCUUUUCUCAUG